AAUCGUACAACAAUACGUUCUGGCAAUAUAAGAGAGGGCGGUGUGAAACCAAAACAAGAAAAAAAGCUUGUGUUUAGCUUAGCGUAAUUAUGGAUCUCCUAAAAGCCGAGAUAGCCAGAAAGAGGAAACAAUUAGAAAACACAAAUGUACUUGAUAAAGAAAAAAAAUUCUUCAAGCGCGGUGACUUAAUGGCAAAACAAGAAGAAGAAUAUUGGAAAAGAAAUAAGAAAGAAAAAGUUGAAGAAGUUGAGGAUGAAGCCACAACAAGCAAAGUAGAAGAUGAAGAUCCAAAUGUUAUAAAUCUUUCUAGGAAUGAGGUUGUCCGUCGAUUGCGGGAGCGAGACGAGCCUAUUCGUCUGUUUGGCGAAUCUGAUAAUGAUUCGUUUCACAGAUUAAGGAGAAUAGAGAUUUUACAACCAGAAGUGAACAAGGGCUUCCGUAAUGAUUUCAAAGAAGCACUGGACCAGCUUGAUCAGCAGUACCUGGAUGAGUUGGUGCAGGCCCAAGGCGACAAUGUACAAAACAAAGCAGGAGAUAUCAAGGUUGAUGAUGAUGGAACAACGUUGGAGGACAUCAUGAAGUUGGCGGAAGGCAUGGGAAAGAAUGAUAAGGAUUUAGACCAUGAAGUCAUCCUCAAAUAUAUCAAGUUUUUAUUAAAGGUGUGGGCAGAGGUAUUAAAUCAGCGGUCGUCGCAAGAGAAAAGAAGUACAAAGGGCAAGUUACUAAGCGCGACACAUUCACAGACCAAGGCGUACCUAAAGCCACUAUUAAGAAAACUUAAAAAAAGGAAUGUUGCAUCAGAUAUCCUGGAACACUUGAAGCUGAUUACAAAAUACCUAUUAGACAGAGACUAUGUCAAGGCAAAUGACGCAUAUCUUCAAAUGGCAAUAGGCAACGCUCCUUGGCCAAUCGGCGUAACCAUGGUGGGAAUCCACGCACGUACAGGAAGAGAGAAGAUUUACGCUCAGCAUGUUGCUCAUGUGUUAAAUGAUGAAACUCAGAGAAAAUACAUCCAGGGUUUGAAGAGGUUAAUGACCCUUUGUCAGCGACAGUAUCCUACAGACCCAUCACGUUGCGUGGAGUAUAACGCAUAAUCAAUACUGUGUACUUUUUCUGGAUGUACAUGGACUAGUUAUAUAGACAUUACGUGGAACUAUAUGUGAAAUUAUGAAACAUGUUGAAGAUAAUUUCUCUGAAUAUAAUUGUCAUGCUAAUAGAUUUUUAUUGUAUACACCGACUGUAAGUUAGUGCCAAACCUUGCAAGAACAGCAAAAAGCCAGUAAAGAACAAUGCAUGCACUGCCUCCAAAGUUGGCCUAGAUCAAUGCAUGAACAGAAACCGAAAAAGAAGGGAUGAAGGAACAAUGGCAUAACUACAGGGGGUGUACGUCAAAAAGGUUGCUCAAACUUGCAGGUACAGUAUAAUAACAGCUGUGUAAUUUCACACAACCUGGACAAGAUAAAUAUGAAUGGGUCACUUUUAUUGCAUUUUACAAUAAUCUGAGUAGUCUAGGGUCUACAAGGACAAUGAGCCAAAGGUCCUAAUCAAAAAAUCAUUGUCCUGGACAAUGUGUAGGUAUUUCUGGGUCUUGGAGUAAUGAUACAUUUCUGUAGUAUCUUAUUUUCCGUAAUAUGUCCAUAAUUAGGCAUAAUUUCAGUAGAAAUUAUGGAAGUUCCAUAGAACCCAUGGGAUAAAGGAGCAGCUAGGGUGUGCUGUUUUGGUAGUGUAAAGAGCAAUGUCUUCAAAGAUGUACAGAAAUAUAAAUAAUGUAAUAAACAUUGGUUUAUAUACUUAGAAAAAA